GAAUCAAGUUUUUCUCUGCAGUUUUACUUACAGCGUUCUUCAUGUCUUCUGCUAUCUGCGUUUUAAAGGGUGAUAGAGGCUUCAAGUGUGAAGGGGUUUUGCAUUUUAAAGAAGAGGGCGAUAAAGUUAGGGUGACUGGUGAAAUAAAAGGAUUACCUAAAGGAAAACACGGUUUUCAUAUUCAUGAAUUCGGUGAUAACACUGAAGGUUGCAUAAGUGCAGGUUCACAUUUUAAUCCUUUAAAUAAGAAUCACGGAGCUCCUGAAGAUAAAGAGAGGCACGUUGGUGAUCUUGGUAACAUUGAAGCUAACGAAGAAGGCACUGCUAAAGUGAACAUUUUAGAUAAUCUCAUUAAAAUUAAAGGGCCCCAUUCAAUAGUUGGAAGAACGGCUGUAGUUCAUAAAGAUGAAGAUGAUCUUGGUAAAGGAGGCCACGAGCUUAGUUUAACUACAGGAAAUUCGGGAGAACGCAUUUGCUGCGGCGUCGUUGGAUUCUGCAAAGGAAAUUAAUCGAGGCUUUAUGACCUUUUUUGUAGCUACAAAUCA